AUGAUCUCUAGUCGCAGAUACCCAACGAUCACAGUGUUAGAGGGCCGUUUUACCAUUAUUGACGGCUUUCUGGUGAGCCUUUCUUCUCCGAGGGUUGACCAGCUCGCCAUAGGCCAGGCCCUUUCUCAUGAAACAAAGGAGAAGGUCCGACGUUUGGUGAGCUUGUACAAACCCGACAUGCUCCUGAAGAUGGAGCGCAUGAGUUCGAAUUUCUACAUCACGGGACACAGCUUACUUUUUGAGCUUGCUAAGGACAAGGUGUACGUCAAUUUUGUGAGAACUAAAGGGAAAUAUUACUGCCGGAAAACCGAUCCUAAAAGCGCAACUCACGUUGCCCUGGAGAUAAGAGUGGCAAGGAGGAGAGGUCCACGACGCCCAAGAUAUGUUGUAUACGAGAUGCCAUUGGAGCAGAGCCCUGCUUUUGCGGCGGUAAUCCAGCAGCAGUCCAAGGACUUGGCUAGAAUAGAUAGCCCGAAAAUGAAGGGUGCUUUUGGGCUAAGCGCUACAGGAAAUGAUACGGCGAAACCAGACAUCAAGCUUCUCAGUGAGAAAGAGCUUUUGCAAUGCGUAAGGAACCCUGUCAGCCCCAGAAUAAUCGAGCAGGUGCCUGGCAUGUCGCAAGAAACAAGAAGGCAGACAUCUGAUCGCUUUCGGAACAUCUUAUUGAAAUUCUGCGAGCGUCAAAGCAUGCAUAAGCUCGAGAAAAUGAAAAAAGUGCUCCUUGAGUUUCCCGACCGAUCCGAUGAAAUAAGUGAAUUGUAUAGGGAUGGCGCGAGGCAGAUUGUCAAAAAUCUUACACUGGCAAGCGAAAGGAUAUUUCCGGCAUUCCUGGAUCGAAUUGUUGAUGGCGACGCUGGGAGCGAGAAAAUAUCGGACCGCUUCGUGAUCGUCGAUCGACUUCUUAUUGACUUACGAUCCAGAAUGGUAAUAAACCCAGAAGGUGCCAAUUUUUUAAACACCGCCACAGUCGAAGAGAAGGCACGUCUAUCGAAGCACAGACUGAUGAGUUGGGCAGCAGUGGAAUCUGCGAAGGAGCCCAUGGUAAUCCGCACUCAACGAUUGUUCGAUGUCAUCGAUCAUACGCUGAAGGAAUUUCGCGCAGGCGCAAAAAAUUCUUCAAAGGAGACAUCCGCUGACGGGCUACCAAAUCCCUUUGUUUGGCGGCAGAUCAUGUUGCAUUUCGAGAACUUGGGCAGUAAGUGUGUCAUUAUGGAAAGUGUGAGAGAAACGGCGGGGAGCACUCCGGAAGGUAAGUUUUUGGAGUCUUCGAAGCUGCCGCCUGGAACGGAUGGCUCUAUAUCGUUUGUUGAUCUGGCGGAGCGUUUCAAACGCUUUUGUAGCUACGAAGAACAGCUAGCCCUUUAUGUGGAAACUGUUGGAUUAUUAGUGGGAAGAAAGUUCAUGUAG